CCCCAGGUUCCCGAGAGACCUCCCCAAGUGUACUCGCCCGAGCCUCUUCCCUCGCGCCGCCCGGUGCCCUCGGUGUCCCCGCCGCACUGGACCGGACAUGCUGCCCGACUGCCUGUCGGCGGAGGGCGAACAGCGCUGCCGGCGGUUGCUGGCGGGAGCCACGGCCCGGCUGCGCGCGCGGCCUGCGGCGGCCGCGGUCCUCGUGCCUCUGUGCUCGGUGCGCGGGGUCCCGGCGCUACUCUACACGCUGCGGUCCAGCCGCCUGGCCGGGAGGCACAAGGGUGACGUCAGGCGAGUCCCUGCCGCAGCAGCCACCCCCAGCCCUUCAUGGCCCCACCCAGUGGCCCAAGAAGCAGGCUCCCUCUGCCUGUUCAGUUUCCCAGGUGGCAAGUGUGACCCCGCUGACCGGGACGUGGUGCACACGGCCCUGAGGGAGACGCAGGAGGAGCUGGGCCUGGCUGUGCCCGAGGAGCGGGUUUGGGGAGUCCUGCGGCCCGUGCACGACCGGGAAAAGGCCACAGUGGUGCCAGUCCUGGCCGGCGUGGGCCCGCUUGAUCCCGAGAGCCUCAGGCCCAACCCCGAGGAGGUGGAUGAAGUGUUCGCCCUGCCCCUGUCCCAUCUGCUGCAGGAGCAGAACCAAGGUUACACCCACUUCUGCCGUGGUGGCCACUUCCAGUACACAUUGCCCGUCUUCCUGCACGGGCCGCACCGGGUCUGGGGGCUCACAGCCGUCAUCACCGAGUUCACCCUGAAGCUGCUGGCCCCUGGUGUCUACCAGCCCCGCCUGGCCGGCCCGGAGCUGCCCCGGGGCUGAAGGCCUGGCCCCGAGCGGGCCCUGCCUUUGCCCUGCCAGGCCGGCUCCUCUCCAGGACUGAAUAAAGAGUCUUUCCCAACACUGUGGCAACUGCAUCUUCUGCACUGGAGCCCUGACCUUGGGCAGACUCCAUGGGACAGCUGGCCUGCUGGCUGGGGCACCUUGGGAUAAUCACGCUGUCACUUGCUAUGUGUGCAUAC